AAGAUUACAGACAAAGAAUCAGCUACUACUGGCUUUCCAGUAACCACUCAACCUCAAGAAAACAUCUACUGUGCUUAAGUCGAGCUAGUUAGAAAUCAACAUGGUGAAGAAGUUGAUUGUAGACGUAGACUGCGGAGUGGACGAUGCCCAAGCCAUCAUGAUGGCUUUGGCUGUUCCAGACGUGCAGAUCCUUGGUAUCACCUGUGUUCAUGGCAACACUUCUGUAGAAAAUGUCUGCAAAAAUGCCCUGCGUGUCUUAAAAGCUUGUGAGCGGAUGGAGAUUCCUGUCUUUAUGGGAGCAUCAAAACCACUUCUGGGGAAUGUCAUAAGUGCUUCACAUUUUCAUGGACAGGAUGGACUUGGUGAUGCUCCAGACCCAGAUGCCCCUAGUCUGGAACUAGCUCAAGAAGAAGGAGCUGUGUCUGCCAUUAUUCGAUUAGUCAAUGCACAUUCUGGAGAGGUAUCUAUAGUGGCUACAGCUCCACUGACAAACUUGGCAUUGGCAUUAAGGUUGGAUCCUGCUUUGCCAGAGAAGCUCAAAGGCCUUUACAUCAUGGGAGGAAACACAGAUUCUAGGGGAAACACUACUGUGUGUGGAGAGUUCAACUUUGCAGCAGAUCCUGAAGCAGCUUAUGUUGUACUAAAUGAGUACCAGUGCCCAACCUACAUCGCCAGUUGGGAGUUCACCUGCCGCAGUAAAUUACCCUGGAAAUACUGUGAUGCCUGGCUGGCUCAAGACACAAAUAAAGCACGGUUCAUGAAGAGUAUUUUCCAACACAGUAUAGACAGCUGCCACAGUGAGAGGAUUGAAAAAGAACUGGUAGACGGACAGGGGUUUAUCUCCUGCGAUUCUUACGCCAUGGCAGCUGCCAUUGAUAAUUCAUACAUUAUUGAGAGUGAACAAAAAGCUGUGACUGUGGAGCUCACAGGUACACAUUGCCGGGGCAUGAUGGUAGUGGAUCAUCUCGAUAUUCUCCAGAAAACUCAUAAAGCUCACAUUAUGAAGAGGGUGGACUUGGAGAGGUUUAAGGAGCUAAUGAUGAAUGCUUUGAAGUAAAUAUAUUUACUAAAAAUGAUAUAUCUUGUUAUAAAUCAAGUAAAUCACCUUGUGUAUUGGGUACAAAAAGUAUUCAUUAACCAAAACUCAAUUUAGAAAUAAUAUUGAAUUGAAUUAAUGAUGGAUGCCAGUAAUUAGCAUGUUUUUUAUACUAAUUAGGUUUUGAGUACUAAAUGUAUGCUCUAGUUUUAUGUAAUAUUAUUAAAUAUUUUACUGUUUUUUAUUCUAAAAUGUGUACAUGAUAUCCUGGGAAAAAAUAAAAUAGGGAUCAAAUAAAGACACAGGGUGAUGACUUUUUAAUGUAGACAAAAUGACAACAAUUAAACAACAGUAUUUAUAAAACUUUAGUGGUGCAUUAUAGUACGUUGUUGAUUAAAGCUCAUAUUUACAGAUAAACACAAGUCUCAUCAUCUAUUCAGAUCCAGCUCUGGCUCCUUGUAGUACAGUCCACUUAGUAGCCUUUUCUGCCUCUGAAUCGGGACCGUGUGUCCAGCUACAACAUUAAAACCACAAAGUCAAAAUAUUUAGCAACAGAUUAUAUAUUGGAAAUAUAGUGUGGAAAACCUAAACAGUUAUCUUCAGCCUUGUUACUUAUCUACAGGUUAUGGGCUUAACAACAUCUAAUAGAUCAGACAUGCUAUCAGUUGUGUAUUCAUUAUGUUAGUCAGGUUAUUUAUAAGCCUUUUGACAUACAUUCAGUGUGUAAUGACAAACACAACUUUUGUUAAAGUUUAAAGUGAUUUCUGGUUGAUUUUUGUUAGUAAUGAAUUGUGUUCACCCAACAUGAAAAUCCUUAUGCUCUUCACUACCAUAAUAGCACAACAUUAUGUAACAUGAGUGCUGCUAAAAUGGACAAUUUUAUAACAUACCCAAAUACUUAAUUGUUUAUUCAUAAUAAUGCACUCCAUAAAUUUCAGAUAAUAACACAGGUUGGGCAGCGUGGUGGCUCAGUGGGUAGCACUGUCGCCUCACAGCAAGAAGGUAUUGGGUUUGAUUCCCAGGUGGAGCGGUCCGGGUCAUUUCUGUGUGGAGUUUGCAUGUUCUCCCCAUAUCUGUGUGGGUUUCCUCUGGGAGUUCUGGUUUCCUCCCACAGUCCAAAGACAUGCAAGUGAGGUGAAUUGGAGAUACAAAAUUGUCCAUGACUGUGUUUGACAUCAAACAUGAGAAUUGAUUAAUCUUGUGUAAAGAGUAACUACCUGUUCUGUCAUGAAUGUAACCAAAGUGUGUAAAACAUGAUGUUAAAAUCCUAAUAAAUUAAUAAAUAUAACCACA